CUCGGGUGCGUCUCCACCACGAGCGCGUUUACGGACCGCGGAGUAUUUUAGGGGAGCGUGCGGCCAGCGGUGGCAGAGACCCAGACAGAAGAGCGUGUGUGUACGAGCGAGUGGCGUUGUGUUGCAAAUGGUGGACGGUGUAUGACCCUCGUCGCGUUUUAACAUCAGAUGUGCGAAGCUGGUGCGUAUACAAAUUCAAGUAACGGCGCGCGGCCGCGUUCUCCGGGACCGACCAUCGGGUAUUCGCAUCUGCAUUUCUGACGUGAGCGCGAGCGAGCUGACAGUCAGGUGAAAAAUGUACAAGGCAAGGACGAUAUUCAGUACGCUGGCCCCCUUGGCGCCGCGCGUAUGCGGGCCCGAGAGAUACGCGUCCUGGGUGGUCCGCAGUCAUCCGCUGACCAGGACCAGCCAGGUGAUCUUUACGGGGCCCGCGCGCAAGUACAACAGCCGGGCGGCAACCGAGCCCUUCUUGAAUGGCAGCUCCAGCUCCUACGUGGAGGAGAUGUACAAUGCGUGGCUGCAAGAUCCGAACAGCGUGCACAUUUCAUGGGAUUCCUUCUUUCGAAACAGCACCGCUGGAGCUUCCCCAGGAUUCGCGUAUCAGGCACCACCAUCCCUCGCUCCGAGUUACAACCAAGUACCGCUCGGAGCACUGCUGCCCCUGGGUGGCGGAACGCAACUCGGCCAGGCGCCCGUUAAUGAAAAAAUCAUUGACGACCAUCUAGCGGUGCAAGCUAUUAUUCGCUCUUAUCAGAUUCGUGGCCAUCAUAUCGCUAAAUUGGAUCCACUCGGCAUCAACAGCGCUGAUCUUGACGAUAGACAUCCGCAAGAAUUACUCUAUACCCAUUAUUCAUUCGGGAAGAGACCACGCACUACUUUCUCGCAGGAACUCCAAUACCGAGUAGCUGUCCUAAUGAAAAAGGAGUCGGACAUGGAUCGGGUAUUCAAAUUACCAUCCACCACGUUUAUCGGCGGCAAGGAGAAAUCAUUGCCGUUGCGUGAGAUCCUGAAACGACUCGAGGCCGCUUACUGCGGUCACAUCGGUGUCGAGUUCAUGUUCAUCAACUCCUUGGAGCAGUGCAAUUGGAUCAGGCAGAAGAUGGAAACGCCCGGGAUCAUGGAAGUGACGAAUGACGAGAAGAGGCUUAUUUUAGCCAGAUUGACACGCGCAACCGGAUUCGAGGCAUUCUUGGCGCGCAAAUGGUCCUCUGAGAAGAGAUUCGGCUUGGAGGGUUGCGAAAUUUUGAUUCCAGCUAUGAAACAAGUGAUCGAUAAGUCGACGGAACUGGGAGUCGAGUCGAUUGUCAUGGGUAUGCCUCACCGUGGUCGUCUCAAUGUUCUCGCUAAUGUCUGUCGCAAACCACUGAGUCAAAUUUUCACACAAUUUGCUGCGCUCGAAGCCGCUGACGAUGGUUCCGGCGAUGUGAAGUAUCAUUUGGGCACGUACAUAGAGCGUCUUAAUCGAGUGACGAACAAGAACAUUCGUCUGGCCGUCGUUGCAAAUCCAUCGCAUUUGGAGGCCGUGGAUCCGGUGGUUCAAGGCAAAACACGCGCCGAGCAAUUCUACCGUGGCGACGGCGAAGGCAAAAAAGUGAUGUCCAUUCUUCUUCACGGAGAUGCUGCGUUCUGCGGUCAAGGCAUUGUCUUCGAGACAAUGCAUCUGUCUGACCUGCCUGAUUACACCACACACGGCACCAUCCAUAUUGUUGUGAAUAAUCAGAUCGGUUUCACCACCGACCCGAGGCAUUCACGAUCGUCGCCGUACUGCACUGAUGUGGCCCGAGUGGUGAACGCACCCAUCUUCCACGUGAAUUCCGACGAUCCCGAAGCCGUGAUGCACGUGUGCAAGGUAGCGGCGGAGUGGAGGGCCACCUUCCACAAGGACGUCGUGAUCGAUUUGGUCUCCUACAGGCGCAACGGCCACAACGAGAUCGACGAACCGAUGUUCACGCAGCCGCUGAUGUAUCGUAAGAUCAAGAACACUUUGUCAGCUCUCGACAAGUAUGCCAACUCGCUCCUCGAUAAUAGUGUCGUCACUCCUGAGGAAGUUAAGGAUGUCAAAGACAAGUACGAGAAGAUCUGCGAGGAGGCAUACAACAACGCCAGGCAGGAGACACAUAUUAAGUACAAAGACUGGUUGGAUUCGCCGUGGUCCGGUUUCUUCGAAGGAAAAGACCCGUUGAAGGUCUCGCCCACUGGUAUCAAGGAAGAUACGCUCAUACAUAUUGGAAAGAAAUUCUCGUCGCCGCCGCCGAAUGCCGCUGAGUUCGUCAUUCACAAAGGUAUCGAACGAAUCUUAAAAUCUCGCAUGGAGAUGAUUGAGGCUAGAACCGUCGACUGGGCUCUCGGCGAAGCUAUGGCUUUCGGUUCUCUCCUCAAGGAAGGUAUUCACGUUCGUUUGUCAGGCCAGGACGUGGAGAGAGGAACAUUCUCUCACAGGCAUCACGUGCUGCAUCAUCAGACUGUUGACAAGGCGACUUACAGGCCACUCUGCUACUUGUAUCCUGAUCAAGCACCUUACACAGUGUGCAACAGUUCCUUGUCUGAAUUCGGCGUUCUCGGAUUUGAGCUGGGCUACUCUAUGACGAAUCCUAAUGCAUUGGUGUGCUGGGAAGCUCAAUUCGGAGACUUCAACAAUACGGCGCAAUGUAUAAUUGAUCAGUUCAUCAGCAGCGGUCAAGCCAAGUGGGUUAGACAAUCCGGUCUGGUCAUGUUGCAACCACACGGUCUUGAAGGAAUGGGUCCCGAGCACUCUAGCGCUCGUUUGGAACGUUUCCUUCAAAUGUCCGCUGAUGAUCCGGAUUAUUUCCCACCGGAGAGCGAAGAGUUUGCUGUUCGUCAGCUGCAUGAUAGUAACUGGAUCGUCGCCAACUGCAGCACGCCGGCCAAUUACUUCCACAUCCUACGACGACAGAUUGCGCUACCGUUCAGGAAGCCGUUGAUCCUGAUGACACCGAAGUCGCUACUCCGUCAUCCGGAGGCUAAGUCCAACUUCGACUUGAUGCUGGAGGACACGCAGUUCCUCAGAGUGAUACCCGAGGAAGGUACAGCGGCUCAGAAUCCCAACGGUGUCAAGAAGUUGCUGUUCUGCUCCGGCAAGGUCUAUUACGACCUGAAGAAGGCGCGCGCGGAACGGAAGAUGGAGGACCAAAUUGCGAUCGCGAGAGUGGAACAGAUCUCGCCCUUCCCGUACGAUCUCGUCAAGAAAGAGGCUGCUAAAUAUCCCAAUGCGGAAUUGAUAUGGUCUCAGGAGGAGCACAAGAACCAAGGCGCAUGGACCUACGUGCAGCCUAGGUUCCACACGGCGCUCAAUGGCACCCGAAACGUAGUUAGCGUGUCAGAUACGAGUGGUCAAGGGUGGUUUGCCGGUUUGUUCUCGUCGCCCAAACCGACUAAAAUCACAACUGUGUCAGAGCCGCAGUCAACGGAAGAAUCUACUGAAUCUACUGAACCAAAGCAAAGAACAGUGAGGUACGCUGGACGUCCCACUGCAUCGUCGCCCGCCACUGGCAGCAAAAUGCAACAUCUCAAGGAACUCAAACAGCUGGUCGACGACUCCCUCAGCUUUUAAUGAUCCUUUCUUAGCGCUACGUGUAGAACUGAAAGUUUAUUUAUUUUUCUCACACCUUAAUGUAUCUAUUACUACAAUUUUGUGUCCUGCUCGACAUACACCACAGAACAGAGAUUACACCGUAGCCGUUUAAACGAUUUCUUCGCAAUGGCGACUUCUACGUUUUAAAUUCAUACGCGCGCACGAAUGUUUCACGCUCGUUCAUCCAAAAUUCCAAAAUGUAGUCCCUUGUUUUUUCAUUUUUUUCUUUUUCCCCCUUCUUCUCCCCCCCCCCUCUCAUUAACACAUGUAAACAUACACAGGCUAAACUGUGAUAGCUUUUGAUUAACGUUAAUUUAAUUGAAUGUCGAUUACUAAUUUAUUAUCUUUUAGCUAUGCUCAUGCUAUUCUGCAAUCGGUUACUCAUCUACAUGUAUUUCAUUCUUUACGUUUGAAUGUGAAUUUUCGUCUUAUAUAUUUGAUGAUUAUAUAAAUAUUAUUAUGAUAAUCGACACGAUUUCGUGUGUAAGUCUGAAUGAUGUGGUUUCAGUCGAAUUUUAGGUUUAUAUACGUCAGUUUUACAGACGUAUAUUUAAACGAACACAAAAGAGAAACUUGCUAGUCCAUUGAUCUUUAAACGUAAACGUGAAACACUCGUGCGUCCGCGUUGUUCUGUGUACUUCAGCCUGUUCGUACUUUAUUCUAAAUUAAUUUCGAGUGAAGUCGAUAAGAUUGCAGAAAGGGAAAGUAUUAUUAAUUUAUGCAAUGUUACGCAGCGCGUAACAUUUUAACGUGUAGCACAACAGUCCUGUAGUACACUCCAGACCGGAGAGACUGUCCAUGGCGAAAGGGGCUACGGGGUACAUGUAUGGCCAAUUUUUUUUCUCUAGUAAUUUAUUUUUUGCGCCAUGAGACUGUUGCCAAUCACUUUAACUUUUUAUCGUCGCUGUUUUUAUAAAAAAUUAAAUGAUUGGCGGAUUACGCAGCACGUUUCUUCGACGUGUGACGUCGUAGCACUAAUCUCUCGAGAUCGAAUGUGUCUCGUCUCGGCCUCGGUUGCGCCGACACGAUAUUCAGUGCCAGUAAUAGAAGUGCAUCGAACUCGGAUCCCUCGAUCCGCGUUUGAACUUGAAAAUUUCGUGUCGCGACCGAGGCCCUAGUGCUACCCCAUGGACAGUGUCGACGGAUGCAGCUCUCAGUGAAGAGUAUUGAGAGUAGAAGACAAAUUAGUAAUACCUAAUAGCGUUUAGGAAUUAAUUUUAAUAAUAAUUAUUAUUUAGCCAGGAAAGAGCCGUGGCUCGCGCGUGGGCCGCGCGCAUGGCGUAGCGAAGGUGCGUAGUAUUUAAUUAAUAUUCGUCUAUCUGUACCGUUUUGAAAGAUGGGACGCACGAAGAAAUUUGGAGAAGCUAUAUCGCCUUUGCGCUGAUCGAGGAAAAAAAAAGAGAGCGUACGUAUCGUAAUGUUCGUUUUGUAUCGUCGGAAAGCAGUCGAUGAUGAGAGAGAGCGGGCUUGUUAUUUUGUUUGAUGCGUACGAAACGAUAGUUAUGUGAUAUAUAUAUAUCUCUAUCGAUCUAGCACGAUAUUAUUGUCAGUUCAGCAAAAGCCACAGUACUAGGCCAUUCUACUUGUUCCUAUCCGUUGUAUCAUCGUGUAUUCGUAAUACACGAUACACGUAUGUGCUUAAAAAAAAAAGUUUCCUGUCAAACACAUAACGUCUGACACUUAAAAAUUUCGUUUAGCAAACACCGCUGAUAUUAUUACGCCCGAUAUUGUAGUAUCUUAUUGCUGAUUGAAUUAAAUUGUCUCAUCGUCUCACA